AUGGAUGGCAAGCGCCCUGCGCCCGAUGACGCCCGCUAUGGCUAUCCUGGCACAAUCAAACGGCAACAAACUGUCCUUGACAACUGGGAUGGCGAGACGCGACGUCCUAUCGAUGACACAACACCAGAGUAUCACCGCUACACAAUCGCCUGGAUCUGCGCGUUACCCACGGAGCUGGUAGCUGCAGAGGCUAUGCUCGACGAGAAGCACGAUGCUCUCCCUUCUUACGCUUCCUAUGGCAGCACCUACACGGUUGAUACCAAUACCUACACGCUGGGAAGCAUCGAGGGGCACAAUGUUGUCAUCACAUGUCUACCAGCGGAUCAAUACGGCACCAACAAUGCAGCGAACGUGGUGACCAACUUAAUCCGUACCUUUCCGUUAACUCGGUUAGCAUUGAUGGUAGGAAUCGGAGGUGGUGUCCCGAGCAUUGCCAGGGACAUACGGCUGGGAGAUAUUGUUGUUGGCACGAGAACGAUGCAAUACGACUUGGGGAAGAUCGUCGCAGGUGCCGAUAUUGAACGCACCGCGAUUGCUAGAACUCUUCACCACUCUUUUGGGAAAGUCAUCACGGUUUUGCGGGCAAAGCACGACAGAGAACCGAGCCAAGUUUCUUCAAUUCUGAAAGACAAAUUCCGAACACUUCCGCAUUACGGUCGUCCGACAGAUCCUGACCGCCUUUUCCUCUCAACGUACGACCACCUGGAGUCAACAACCUCAUGCGACGGUUGCGAUCAAACGAAAUGUAUGCCUCGACGUGCACGAUCAGAUGAUGACCCUGCCAUUCACUACGGAGCGAUAGCGUCCGGCAACCAAGUCAUGAAGAGCGCCACCGAAAGAGACAUUGCUGCUCGUACCCUAGACGUUGUAUGUUUUGAAAUGGAAGCGGCUGGUAUCAUGGAUAUUCUUCCUUGCCUACCCAUUCGGGGUGUCUGCGACUAUGCGGAUUCUCACAAGAAUAAGGCUUGGCAAAGAUGGACUCCCGCCGAAUAA